CGUAUAAAGGAGAGCCCGGCCUCCUCCGCCCGUGUCACAGCUCGUCCAGGCCUCGCUCUCAAAGGAACCUUCCCACUACCCGCACCACGCCAAGGAGAGUCCCACCGAGACCAUGCAGGAGAGCGGUUUCUUCGGCCCGAGGAGGGCGGCGGCGGCGCUGCUGUGCAUCGUGCUGCUGAUGAUGGCGCAGCAGCAGGCCUCCGCGGCGCCUCAGGCCCGCAGGGCGCAAUGGGACGGGGUCGCGCCGAGGAGGGUGGCCCGGAUGACCCCGCUGUGGAGGAUCAUGAACAGCAAGCCGCUGGGGGCUUACUGCCAGAACAACUACGAGUGCUCCACGGGCCUCUGCAGGGCGGGACACUGCUCCACCACCCACCGCUCCGCCUCCGGCCCCGUGAACUACUGACGUAGCUCGGGGGCUUCACAGAUGUCAGGACAGACCAUCCUAAUCGCUUUUUACAGAUAUUUAUGUGUGCCAACACGUUGCUGAUAUAUCAUUGUGUUCAUGUGAAUCUAAGCUGCAGGUAGUUACAGUCUAUGGAGACCAAAAGACCCCCUGAACUCAAAGCUGGGGUUUGUUAUCAGAUGAUUUUACAAAGUCUGCUGUUUAAAUGAUGGUUUUAUAUCUAACUUUGAUUUCACCGCGCCUUGGAACUAUGUGUCACAGAUUGGGAUGGAUGUCAAGGGGAAGACUGCCGACCUUUAUCUGAUAAAUUAAACCCCCACUGUGUGGAAUCCUUCACCACUGAUAAUGUGCCAGAUGACACACAGAAGACCCCCCCCCCCCCCUUCUUUUUAUUUUUUAAUAAUUCAGGCAUUCCUGGAUGGUAACAUUAUUCAUAAUGUAAGUUAUGAAUGUGUACUGAUUCGGUGAAAGGUGGCGAUUCUCAUAUUUUAUUUAUUCUAUCCUCUAAAAAUGUGUUAAAAUGUACCCAUUUACAUCAUUUCAUGUAGCAUUGUUCGUAUAUCCGUGGUUUGUGUUAGAAUUAUCACCCGACUGGAUUCCGUUUACCUUUUAAAGAUCCACUCGUCGCUCAGCUUUAAAUCAGUGAGCAACAACCCAUUUAGCGAAUAGCCGCACGGCGCCGUUUGAAGGAGAAUAAUCGGAUUUUGGUUGAUUCUUUGUAGGCUCUGCGUUGAGAAACGCUUAAGCAGGAUUGCACUUUUGAAACCCAAAUUAUCUUUGUACUGUGUGCUGUCGACUGUAUGUACUGUAUUCUCUACGUGUGGAGGGCUGGAGGAAAAGUGGAAUAAAAACAUGGGAGAAAAACAUGAA